CUUGAUGGCUGCAUUUUGGUCAGAAGGGUCCCCACCACUACCCCAAAGCCUACCUGAGGCAGGUCCCCACCGUAGCCUACGACUGUCCAUCUGUACCUACGACUGCGUGUCCGUCUACGAGCAGCCAAGCUUUAUACGGACGGGGCCUGCUUCCACAACUCAUCUACCCACUCCGCCCACGCAGGAUUCGCCGCACGAUACUUUUCGACCUCGGCCACCUUGUCGCCUUCCUUCACCCCCGGCGGCAGCGGGAUCAUCUGGAUCAUCUGGAUCAGCCGGCCCUGCCAGGUCUCAGCCCACAUGCUGUCGGCCGGUGGCGCCAGUUUUGCCGUGGGCUCCUUUUCUUUCUCCUCGUACUGCUUGAGCAAUUCUGUUGUGAUGGGCGUCAGCAGCACCUUCAGGUCGCCUCCCUCCAAAGCUGCCCGCAGAUUUGCAAAGGUGACUGGCUUGCCGCUGUUGUCUUGCUCCUCCUCCACCUCAUCGUCAGCCGCUGAGCCGCCCUUCUUUCCUUUGCCCUUGCCGCCCUUCUUGCUCUUGCCGCCCUUCUUGCCCUUGCCGCCCUUCUUGCCCUUGCCCUUGCCGAUGGUCUUUUUGCCGAUGGUCUUCUUGACCCUCUGCUUGGGCGGUGGGAGGAUGGUCUGGGUCGGGUCAUACUUGUCUGUGGUCUUCUUGACGUUGAAUAGCUCUCGAUGGCCCUCAGCGGCGACAAGUGCCGGCGGCUGUCAGACGCAUCCACACACACACUGUGAUACACCACACACAGGAAGCUAGUUGCUUCCUACCCACCUUGAGUUCGAUUUCCUCGUCGAUCGACCACACGAUGUAGCCUGAAUCCGUAAUGGCCUCACUGAAUCCAUUCGGGCUGAACACAGCACACACAGAGGAAGAUCUCUCGAUUUCCGUCUUUCUGUCUGUCUGUCUGCCAGUCUGCCUGUCCAAACCAUCCAUCCAGCCAUCCGUCUGUCCGUCUGUCUGUCUGUCUGUCUUGCCACGCCGAUUCAUUCUGCUCCAAAGAUCUUAUCUGAUCACGAUGAAUCCUUCGGGCGGCACAGCGAUCCUACAGGAGUACAGUGGGUCCGUUCUGUCCUCGAUACUCGAGAAUAGAGAGAUGGUGCGACCCUUGACCACAAAAUAUCCCGUCUUGAAAGUCGGGUUCAUCAGCUGUUCGGCGGUUCGGGAGAAAUCAGCGUCCACGUCGAUGUAAGUGACCUCCCACUUUCGAAACUCGGCUGUAACGCAGCCCAACAGGGAAGCGAUAAGCAACAUCAUCG